CCAGCUUCUGCAACAAACCACACCAGUUAUUUCUUCUUUACCUUUCUUGAUCACAAAUAUGAAGAGCACAACUCAAGCUUCAGAGCCCCUUUACCCCUCCAUCUCCCCUCACAUGCCGGAAGAAGCAGGCCUUCCAUCAACAAGCGCUCAAGAUGUAGAGAAGCAACAAUAUUCUGCACCAUCGUCAUCUUCGUCUCUGCAGCUUCCGAGUGAUACUGAAAGCAACGAGAAAUACUGGGGGACUCAUGUCAUGGGGAUCCCUGCUGUUCCCACAUGCCACCCAGACAACAAGAAGGCUGCUCUGUGGGGUGCUGCUACUGAUUCCGCCGCCGCAGAGCCCCACCAUCAUCCCUACCUUCAGUAUACUCCUGUCGAUAAACCAAGCAGCAGCCCAAUGGAAUCCAUUCUCCAGAAGUUUAAUUCUUGGAGCAAGAAGACUGAGACCAUGGCUCACAACAUCUGGCACAAUCUGAGGACUAGCCCAUCUGUCUCUGAAGCUGCUUGGGGAAAGAUGAACCUGACGGCGAAAGCUUUAACAGGUGGUGGAUUUGAGACUCUAUACAAGAACACAUUUGCAACCUAUGCUAAUGAGAAGCUGAAGAAGACUUUUGCCUGCUACCUUUCCACAUCAACAGGUCCAGUUGCUGGAACCCUUUAUCUAUCUGAUGUUCAUGCAGCUUUCUGCAGCGAUCGUCCCUUAUCAUUCACUGCACCUUCUGGCCAGGAGACUUGGAGCUACUACAAGGUUAUGGUGCCAUUGAACAAGAUUGGGGCGAUCAAUCCAGUGGUUAUGAGGGACAAUAAAUCGGAGAAAUACAUACAGAUGGUUACAGUUGAUGGACAUGAUUUUUGGUUCAUGGGUUUUGUUAAUUAUGAGAAAGCUUCUCGGCAUUUGAAUGAAAGCCUCUGCAAUUUUGUAGCCCCCGGGAUAGGAGUACAGCCAGUUGUGUAACAUGAGUGCUCAGUGCUAGCUCACCGCCGAUUCUUUUCAUCUUUAGAUUUUCAUGGUCUCUUCCUCUCUUUCUUGUGUUUUCUGUGCUUUUUUUGGGAUGUAUAUGUAAUAGAAUGCAUUUUUUUAAUAAUUUAACUUUCAAUAAAAACAUAAGAAUUAGCUGCUAUUUAUUAGAUUUCUGUUUAUACUUUAUGACUGCACACUCUUGCUUUUCCUUUCAAGUGAAAAAACUUCUUAGGACUUGUUUUAAUGUGUAUAAAUUUAGUGAGACAUGAAUUUUCUUUAUAUACGUGUGUUUAAAAUUGAAUCCUUAUAAUUUUAAUCAUCAUGGAUAUUGUGGAUUUAAAGACAAAAAUCAUACAUAAUCAAGUAAAGAAAAUGAGUCAUAAAAUAUUUACUGAACUUAAACUUUGUAGUUAAAAAAAAUGCCAAUGGUGUAAAGUCUGAAAAUGCUAUUUGCCAAUGGUCUAAAACCAUUGGAAAUAUUUCAAACUAUUUUUUUCUACAAUAUAAAUGGCAAAUUUUCCAAAAAUUGAUUUAACUAGAAUCUCAAACAAGCUAUUCCAUCUUCUCCUCUUUCAUGCGUUAGGUUUUCUGUUAUGGAGUGGGUUGUUAUUUCUAGGCCGGUUGUUUUAGACUUCUUUGUAUAAUCUUAGCUCUUUCUUAACCCAAUAGACCUUAAUUUAAUGCAAUAUCGUGGCAUGUUAAAUUUUUUUUAAAAAAAAAAAUUCUAAAAAUCCAAUUGAAAGUGCUUAUACAAAAAGAAAGAAAGAAAAGCCAAGUGGAAGUGGAACUAUAUUUCCAAAUUCUGGAAAGAACAGAAUAUAGCCUUCAAAAUUUACAUAAUCUAUUAUGGACGAAAAUAGCUGAAUUUUAUUUUAUUUUUUCUAAUGUGCAUGCUUUAAUGUUAUCCACAGGAGCUUGAUAAACUCAUCUUAAUUAUUCAUAUUAAAACGAUCAAAGGUAUAAUUUAUUCAUGUGAUUUGUUUAAACUUGCUUCAAGUGGCAUUUAUUAUAUUUUUAUGAAAAAAUAUACAUCGUUAUACUUCUUAACUGAAACAAUAAUUUAGUUCAUCAUGCUGUGGCAGAUUUUACCCAAAGUACCUCUGCAAUUACGUCCAAGUCCCAUGUUUCUCCAUUUUAUCAGAAGGAAACCAUCACGAGACCAGGAGAUUAACAAGAAAAUUAUGUACUUCAAUACUUGUAAAUUUGACAGAUAAUA